UGGUGCUGUCGCUGUGGAAAGAUGCGAUCAGCGAAGAGCGGAGGCUUUUCCUUAAUUGCUCAUUUCGGUAACACAGGCUAAAACAACCCCGAAACCAACCCUCUGUGGUCGCUCCUGUUUAAGCGAGAAGCUCCGCGCAUCCACCACAGCGUGUACCCAAGAAGUAUCCAUGUUGUAAGCAGACAACGCAGAGUUUACCCGGCGGUUUCGAGAGCUCCAGUAUGUCCAAGCGGCGCUCUUCGGAGAGGGGGGCUGGAGAGUCAUCAGGCAGGGCCAGCAAGCUGCAAUGUCCUGGGAUAUCCGGAAACAACGCCAAGAGAGCUGGGCCCUUCAUCCUCGGGCCUCGCCUGGGCAACUCACCAGUGCCCAGCAUAGUGCAGUGUCUGGCCAGAAAGGACGGCACGGACGACUUCUAUCAGCUCAAAAUCCUUACGCUGGAGGAGCGAGCAGACUCUGCAGGGGAGACUCAGGAGGAGAGGCAGGGGAAAAUGCUGCUGCACACAGAGUUCUCCCUCCUUUCCCUGCUGCAUAACCAGGAUGGGGUGGUCCACCAUCACGGCCUCUUCCAGGAUCGUGCCUACGAAAUAGUGGAGGACAUGGAGGCCAACAAGGUGCGAAAGAUGAAGAAGCGGAUCUGCCUCGUGCUUGACUGCCUGUGUGCUCAUGACUUCAGCGACAAGACGGCAGAUCUAAUAAACCUCCAGCAUUACGUAAUAAAAGAGAAGCGGCUGAGCGAGCGCGAGGCCAUCGUCAUUUUCUACGAUGUGGUGCGUGUCGUGGAAGCCCUUCAUAAGAAAAACAUUGUGCACAGAGACCUCAAGCUGGGAAACAUGGUGCUGAACAAACGGACUCACAGAAUCACCAUCACCAACUUCUGCCUGGGAAAGCACCUGGUGAGCGAGGACGACCUGCUGAAAGACCAGAGAGGCAGUCCGGCCUACAUCAGCCCCGAUGUGUUAAGUGGUCGGCCGUACCGAGGUAAACCCAGUGACAUGUGGGCCCUCGGCGUGGUUCUGUUCACCAUGCUCUACGGCCAGUUCCCAUUUUAUGACAGCAUACCUCAAGAGCUCUUCCGCAAGAUCAAGGCUGCUGAAUACUCCAUCCCAGAGGACGGGCGUGUGUCGGAGAACACGGUGUGCCUGAUCCGAAAGCUGCUGGUGUUGGACCCUCAGCAGAGGCUGACUGCAGGAGAGGUGCUGGAGUCUCUCAGCGGCAUCAUCGCCUCGUGGCAGUCUGUGUCCUCGAUGAGUGGACCUCUACAGGUGGUGCCGGAUAUUGACGAUCAGGUCAAUCACCCAGAACAUCUGCAAGAGGCCAAGGCGAUGGAAGAGUCUUCACAGUACGAGUUUGAGAACUACAUGCGCCAGCAGCUGCUGUUGGCUGAAGAGAAGAACACUAUCCACGAGGCCAAGAGCUUCCUCACCAAGCGGCAGUUUGGCAGCAUCCCCCCUGUGAGGCGUCUGGGUCUCGACGCCCAGCCCGUCAGCCCGCUAGAUGCCGCCAUACUGGCUCAACGGUUCCUCCGGAAGUAGGCCAACCAUGGCAGCCUCCCCCCCCCCCCCCCCCCCCAGGGAGCACAGAGAGGACUGAGGAGGAUGAGCCCCUAAAAACUGAACUGGCAUACAGGAGGCCCAUCCUGAUCAGGGUACAGACGGCCCCCAUCUGGGCUUGUAGUAAGCCUGGUGGAGCAGGUUUGAGGAGGGCACCAGAACAAACUACUUACUUAUUACUUCACUCCUCGUGUCUGGAUGUUCCAGUGAAACAUGGAAAGCUCCAGAGGAAGAUCUGAGCCUAAGGAUCCUUCAGGUCCCCCACAGUCAGAUCUCACUGUGCAAACAACCCUGAUGGUACAGUCCCACAUGGGGCUUCAAAGGCUCUGAGUCGAAGAGACGAUUACCCCCAUAUCCCUCCUCCCUUUGAGAUCUCCCCACUUCCCCCAUCAACUCUGGGUCCCCCAAGCAAUACAGGACCUGAAUCAUGUAGCAACCCCCCCUCUCUUCCUCGUGGUUAAUGGUAUUGCCUCAAGUCAGAUCUCCUGAUCACAGAUGUCACUUCUCUAUACCUCCAUUCCCCCCUCGCCCUCUCACUCCCCCCCCCCCCCCCCCCCCCCCCCCCCUCUUCCUGUCCUUUUUUCCUGUACCGAAAAUGAUCCAGACUGUUCCCGUCUGUAACUCUGACUUCAAAUCAAUCUACCUCUCUGUCUCUCUUCUCUGUUGGUAAACCAUGCUCACUGUUCUGAGACAAGGGAUUGUAACAAUGGAGUCUUGAUGCCACCAGUAACACAAAGCAUUAAUGUUUUCUGUCAGUGAUAAUGCUUAGAAACCUUCUCGAGUGGUUUCAAAAGAAUCUGAAUAAGCUUUUUAUCAUAUUUUCCUGAACAAGUAGCAUUUCACCCCUUCCUUUGGAUUGAAGACACUGAAUAUCAAAGUAUGUGUACAUGCAUGCUUUGGUAUUUGCAGAAUGCUUUUGCUCACCCCUGUGGAAAUCUAUUUUUAGCAUCUAGGCAGCUAGUGUGAGGUACCUGGAAGUCACAAUGCCAAGAACUGAAUGGGAAACACUGUUGGAUCCUCCCUGCCAAGGCAUAUUGAUGGUAACGCUUCCUCGGUGCCAUUAUGGUGGAGAUCAUGUUUCUAUUGCCAAAAAUAAUGUCUUAAAAACGACUCUUAGCCAAGGAAACCGGUACCCUCAGCCUCAUUCAGAAUCAAAUGGCUUCCAGGUAUUCCAACUUCCCUGUUUCUCUUUACCAAGACAGAUCACGGGACAAGUGUUUUUCAGUAUGAAUGUGAACCGCCACCCUACGCUUUAAUACGUCUCCAUGAGUGUGCGUGUGUGUUUCAGCCGGGUGACAUCAGAGUCUGCGUGGCUGUCGAGCGGGUCACCUCUGACAGCCACAGACCCCUUUUUUAAGCUAUCCUCCAAUCGUUGUGUUCUGUGAUCUGGCCUGCCUCGGUGCAGACACUGUGAAACCCAGAGCAGGCUAAGCUGGGACGGGGCUUGACUGAAUGUUUUAGCGAUAGCCAUGAAUGCUUUCUUAAGAUUGGGAUAUUCUUUUGCUCUUUUCAGGCCCUCUCUCCAGCUCAACUCUUACACGCGUCUAUUAUCUCACCAUGUAGGCUCUAUACAGAUAGACUAGCUGGUGGCCGGUAAUCCAUACUGUAAUACUUCAUAGAAGAAUUAAAAUACAGACUCAUAGAUUUUAGGUUUGGUUGCUUGGCUACUAGCCUUCUUGUUUUGUAUCAAAGAGUUUCUUGAAACCAUGACAAAGCUACUAACCAGUGACUGUUAGGCAUCUGUACACUGCAACCUGCCUUUUGCCAUUGGUACCUGCUUCAGGCUCUCUACACUUCUUCCUAUUUAUAACGGAUCACAUGAACAUAGGCUCUGGAUUACUUUUCAAAUGUCUUCACUUAUUCUUUUUUCUUCUUUGUAAUUUCAUGUUGAUUUAUUUAUUCACUUGUGUUGACCCCCCCCCCUCCAAACCACUGGGGCUUGUAUCACAGACUAGGCACAACUAAUGCCAGUGAAACAGACCCUAAAACCCUCUCAGCUUAAAAAAAAAAAAAAAAAGUGUUGUUAACUCCAACAGUGAUUCUCAUGUCCGAUCCUCCUCGCCCACUUCCAUGGAAGAGUAGCAUCUGUUUUUGUUUUUCAUUUUGGAUUCAUAAAUAACUUUCUUGCCAUUUAACCACAUAUCCUGUGGUCAACUUAAGCUACACUAAUAACGAGACUGACAUAGUUAUAUUUUUUAAAGAAAAACUAAAUGAUACUCGCACAUUAUCGUGAAUGACGGGAGGGUUUUUUGUAGUGUUUUUCUUUCUGUCUACCAUUUACCCAAAAAUCCCAACACCAAGCUGCACUCUUUGGUCAGUAUGUAAAUAUGUACCAUCAUGACUGCGUUAGUCAUAUUGUAUGUAGUUUCACCCAGUGAGAUACCAACUCGGUUUCAACACAUGCCGAAUGGCGUGCAUUAUAGGCCACGUUGGCCUUCAACCACCACAUCCAGAGGCUCAAAUGAUAUGUAAAGAGAGCUGUCGGCUUUCUCCCACCUCAAUGUGAAUUCCAUGGGUAUACAGCAGUAUUGUAGUAGUCUAGGUUGUUCAUCAGAAAAGGGUAUUUCAUGAACACCGUAGCCAUUGCUGAAUGCUGACAUCAAGUGAACUGUGUGUCAUCUUCCAUGACGGCCAACUACAGAUUAGUAACUACAGGUUUAAUAGACCUUUGAUGUAAAUGUCAUUUUGUCCCCCUAUUAAAAAAAGAAAAGUGUUUCACCUUCUAACUAGCGGAUUGUACCACAUGCAAUGUUUGUUUGACAGAGUUGUAUUGAUAGAUGGCGAUGUGGACUGAAAAGCAUGAACAUAGUGUGAGGUUCAACUCUGUGUAAAACAUGUGACUGUUGCAUGAUUUUAAACUUGCAAGGUGUGCCAGAGCAGCUGAUCGAGAAUUAGAAGAUCAUUUCCCCCUUUUGUGUCCUACGGGAAACCACAAGGCAAAAUAGAUGAAGACCCUUAAUUGGAUGAGUAGUAAAAUUGUAUUUCUAAUUUUCAAAAUUUAAGUUUUAUGAUGAUUUUCCCCGUGCUUCUAAAGUCCUAAGUCUUCAGUAUAUAACCAGUAUAUUGCUGACUGUUUCAACUGGAGUAGGAUUGAAAUGUGGUGUAGUUUAAACCCAAUGGGAUAAUGUGUUGUAAGCUGCUUGGUCGGACAUGGGCAUCUAGAUACAGGAACAACUGCGUAAUUGUACAGAUGAUAAACACGUUUGUAUAAAAAAACAUAUUUUUGUACUUCAUCAGAUCUCUACAUGCAUGUCAGCAAUAAACUUUGAUAUGGAAACAUUAA